CUGUCCCCUGAAUCCAUUGGUUUCUGGUCAUUUGAUAAUGCUUUGACGCACACAGGACCUGCCUCUCUCCUCCCUCUUAGAGUACUAAAGCCCAAACUAAAUAUCGCUGUUUGGGGCCUCCUUUCAUUCUUAAAUUCCAGCUCAUCACCUUCAGCUGCCUGAGUUAUGGCUCUGCUAUUCUUCUUCAUCCUUGCCAUUUGUACGAGGCCUGGACUCUUAGAGUCUCCAUCAACAGUGCGGCUGGUGGGAGGCUCCCACCGGUGUGAAGGACGGGUGGAGGUGGAACAGGAUGGCCAGUGGCACUUGGUGUGUGAUGACGACUGGGACAAGAACGACGUGGCUGUGGUGUGCCGGGAACUGGGCUGUGGAGCAGCCAAGGAAGCCCUUGGUGGUAUUUUAUAUAAACCACCGCCAGAAAAAUGGCAAAAAUUUCUUUUUCAAAAUGUCAAUUGCAGUGGGAUCGAAGAUACACUGGCUCACUGUGAAAAAGAUGAAGAUAUUAUUGAUUGUUCUCUCAACGAGGCUGCUGGGGCGUUGUGUGAGGACGCAGACAGCCCAGUUUUUGAGGAGGUGAGGCUGGCUGACGGCCCUGGGCCCUGCAAGGGGAGAGUGGAGGUGAAGUACCAGGACCAAUGGAGCCCUGUAUGCAAAACAGGCUGGAACCUCAAGGCCACAAAGGUGGUGUGCCACCAGCUGGGAUGUGGGAGGGCCAUACUGGCCCAAAAAUACUGCAACAAGGCUACACAGGGCCAAGGCCCCAUCUGGCCGAGCCAGAUAUCAUGCUCAGGAAAAGAAAUAACCCUUCAGAAUUGCACUUCUGAGCCUUGGGGGAAGAACAACUGCACCUUUGAUGACCACGUGUGGGUUGAAUGUGAAGAUGUCUUUGACUUGAGACUAGUAGGAGGAGACAUGCCCUGCUCUGGGAGACUGGAGGUGCUUCACAAGGGUGUAUGGGGCUCGGUCUGCGAUGAUGGCUGGGGAAAAAAGGAGGACGAGGUGGUAUGCAAGCAACUGGGCUGUGGGAAGUCCCUCUCUCCAUCCUUCAAAGUCAGGAAAAGCUAUGGCCCUGGGGUUGGCCGCAUCUGGCUGGAUGAUGUUCGUUGCUCGGGGGAGGAGCAGUCCCUGGAGCAGUGCAAGCAUAGAUUUUGGGGGUAUCACGACUGCACCCAUAAGGAAGAUGUGGCUGUGAUCUGCUCAGAAUAGUAUCCGGGCCUUCCUGACGUUGGAGCCCCACUGGCUCCACCUGCCCCUGCCUGUUCUCCUGGGCCCUGAUUAUCCCAGUGCUCAUGGUGGGCCUCAGGCUUUGGCCACCACUCCCUCGUCUCCUCGGGAGUCAGAGCCCAGUGCUUACGCCUUGCUCUGAGGGCCAAGCAUCCCCAUCACCGCCUCUAGAUAAGAGCUGUUGAGUUCCUUCUUGCUUAGGAGGAUGAGCUUCCAGUUGCCCUAUGCUCACUGCUGACCCCUGGGCAUUGGUUCCAGCCUUUCCUGCCUCUCCCUAAGCUACCUGGAAUCAUCAGGCCUGUCACUUUGACCAGAUGUGCAGGCCAUUACUAAGGGAUGAUCUGUGUCUGUAAACAACAUGAAAGGACUGAAACAACGAAAGGAACAUUUGAAAGGAAACAUGGGUAGACAAUAUUUUGGAACUAGUUUUUUUGAACUCUUUUUUCCCUCAGACUUCAGGUGAUCACAAUAAUAACUAACCUCACUACUCUGCUGUUUCUAGACCAUUUUUUUUUCAGGAGCAGAGCAUCAUUCUAUAAUCCUAGAACUUUUCAUGACAAUUAAGAAAAGAUGUUUCAUCCUCUGAUUGCCCUAAUAAAUUACUUUUCUUGUCCAUCCCUAUACAACCUGGCAACAUGGUUGGCAUUUAACAAGAGGAGUUUCACAAAUACAUUUUACUUUAUCCAAGGAAAAAUGUAUUGGUUACUGGGAAAAUGUCAAGAAAGAGGCAGAGAGAGGUUGGAGAAGUCUAAAGUUGCAUCUCCUGACAAUCAGAAAAUACCAUUUUCAGUUUAUCAAAGGAGACUUUGGAGCCUGCAAGCCUGAGGCAAGACAGGAUGAUACUAAGAAGAGAGUCAAGAUUUAGUUGUAAAAAUCGGCAACUAUAGACUCUGAGGCUAAGCUGAGUACUUAUCAAAUGGCUACAUUUACACUGUCUAAUACAUUAAAUCUCACAG